CUCUUCCUGUUCAGUGACUAAGCUGCGGCUCUUCGGGGAAAGAUGGAGGUUCCGCCGUCGUUCUCGCUGCCGCCGUUUUGGGCCGGUGGUCCCGCUCCGGGGGCGCUUUACUCACCGCCCUGCCCAGGAAACGGAUCCGGAGUCCAGGCCGAGGGCGUCACCAGGACUCUGAGCCCCAUGGUGACAGGCACCUCAGUCCUGGGGGUGAAGUUCAACGGUGGCGUGAUGAUUGCGGCCGACAUGCUGGGCUCCUAUGGGUCGCUCGCCCGCUUCCGCAACAUCUCCAGGAUUAUGAAGGUCAACGACAGCACCGUGUUGGGGGCUUCGGGCGACUAUGCUGAUUACCAGUACCUCAAGCAAGUCAUUGAGCAGAUGGUGAUUGACGAGGAGCUCCUGGGAGACGGCCACAGCUACAGCCCAAAGGCCAUUCACUCCUGGCUCACCCGAGCCAUGUACAGCCGCCGAUCCAAGAUGAACCCCCUCUGGAACACCGUGGUGAUAGGCGGCUUCAGCAACGGAGAAAGUUUCCUAGGUUACGUUGACAUGCUCGGGGUGGCGUAUGAAGCUGCUUCUCUGGCGACGGGAUACGGUUCUUACGUGGCACAGCCACUGAUGAGGGAAGCCUUGGAAAAGAAGCCCGUCCUGUCUAAGCAGGAGGCCAGAAGCCUCCUUGAACGCUGCAUGAAAAUCCUCUACUACAGAGACGCCCGCUCGUUCAACAGGUACGAGCUCACGACGGUGACAGAGAAAGGCGUGGAAGUAGAAGGGCCCAUCUCCUCCGAGACCAACUGGGAAAUAGCACACCUGGUCAGCGGUUUUGAAUGAAGCUCAAGAGCUCGUGGGCAGUCUCUGUUCCUGUUGAGAGAUAAUCCCAAAUCCCUUGCAAUGCUGUUUGAUGCCUAACAUUUCGGCAGCAACUCAGACGUUUUCUUUUUUUGUAAACAGAAUAAAUGAGGUUUAGACUCUC